AUGAUCAGCUCCGUGGCUGCUCGGAGCGCGACCCACCGGCUGGCCCAGCCUCGACUCGUCGGCCAGCCCUUCCGCCUCGCGCCGCCAUCCCACGCCGCUCAAACCUGCCAGAAGCGGCACCAUCACAACCAACAGCUCGCCAGGACGGCUCGCUUGGCAGCAUGCCAUUUGCCUGCAUGGCUAGUUUCCUCGUCCAAUCGGCCAUCAAACCUCCACCGCACUGGCCCGCCCCUGGCCAGUGGCUUCUCCACCACGUCGCCGCCGAGAAGCUCUCAAGACCAGGCCCCAUUGAAACCAUACUACGUGACCACGCCCAUCUUCUACGUCAAUGCGGACCCGCACAUCGGCCACCUCCACUCCUGCCUCGUGGCAGACGUCCUGGCGCGCUGGCACAACCUUCGCAGGGCUGGUUACUCCCAGUUGGACCACCAGGGCCUGCCUCUCCCGGAAUCAAGCAUCGAGUCGCGGAUAGCCGCUGCUCCGCCCGGGCGAUCCGUACUGAGCACGGGCACCGACGAGCAUGGCCUCAAGAUCCAAAAAGUGGCCGAGGCGCUCGGUCAGGAUCCCAAGCAGGUCUGCGACCGGGUCAGCGGCCGCUUCAAGGAACUGGCAGACGCCGGCAACGUCGACUACCACCGCUUCAUCCGCACCACGGAGCCCUCACACGUCGACGCCGUGAGCCACCUCUGGAGACUGCUGAAGAGCAAGGACCUCAUCUACAAGGGGUCGCACGAGGGCUGGUACGCCGUAUCGGACGAAGCCUUCUACCCUGAUACGCAGGUCCGCGAGGUGGUCGACGAAAAGACGGGAGAGCGACACAUGGAGUCCAUCGAGACCGGCGCAAGGGUCGAGUGGAGCUCAGAGGAGAACUACAAGUUCCGCUUGUCGGCCUUCCAGGACGAUCUCGUCAGGUGGCUCGAGACAGACCCAAACGCGAUCCAACCCGCUCGGCGCCACAGCGAAGUCCUCAACGAGAUCAGAACGGGCCUCACCGACCUGUCCAUUUCCCGACCGAGCUCCCGCCUGAGCUGGGGCAUCCCCGUCCCAGGUGAUCCGGAACACUCCAUCUACGUCUGGGUCGACGCGUUGACCAACUACCUCACCGUCACGGGCUAUCCGUGGUCAGAGCCGCCCAGCGACGAACGGCCAUCGUGCCCGCGCGCUUGGCCUGCCGACGUCCACGUCGUGGGCAAGGACAUUAUCCGCUUCCACGCCAUCUACUGGCCCGCCUUCCUCCUCGGCGCCGGCCUCCCCCUGCCCAAGACGAUUCUGGCCCACUCGCACUGGACGAUGAACAAGUCCAAGAUGUCCAAGUCGAGAGGCAACGUGGCCAACCCGUUCGAUGCCAUCAAGCUGUUUGGCCUGGACGCCAUCCGCUUCUUCCUGAUGCGCGUCGGCGGAAACUUUGCCACCGAUUCUGACUACUCGCCGGCGGUGCUUCUCGAGUUCCACCGCAAAUACCUCCAGGGUCAGCUGGGAAACCUAGCCUCUCGCAUCAGCGCGCCAAAGAUCCACGCAAGACUCGCACGUUUCACCAAGGCGGGAUCCUCUGAGGUUGAGCGGCUACCAGAAGACCAAGUUUCUGCUCUGCUGGACCAAGAGACGCGGACGAUGGUCCAGGCGCUCGAACAGGCCCUGACCGAGCUGCCUUCCAAGGUCGACGACAUGAUGGCGCGAUUCGAGUUUUCAAAAGCGCUCGAGGCCAUCCUCGAGGGCACCAUCGGGCAGACUAAUGAGCUGCUGCAGCGCAUGGAGCCUUGGUCGGCCAGCGUGCCGGAGGAGGUGGUGCUGGAGGCGGUGGUGCUCGUGUCGGAGAGCCUGCGCAUCUGCGGUACGCUGCUGCGGCCGUUUAUGCCGAACAAGAUGGACGAGCUGCUCGACGUGUUGCAGGUCGACGCGAACCGACGCCAACGGUGGGCGGACCUCGUCGCCGUGGACGGACCGGGUCGGCUGAGGGCGUCCAUCCAGGUUCGGCCCGCAGAUGCUCCCAAGGUCAAGCCGCUCUUUCCUCGCCUCGAGGUGGACGCCGCAUGA